GAGAAUGAAAUGAAGUAUCGAGUGUAUUCCCUCAAAACAGGCAUAUAUGGCAACCUGACCUCAAGUUUCUCUUGAAACAAUCACGGCAGACGCCCAAGGAAAUGGCUCUUCUUCAGCUCAUUCCUUCCUCCUCUUCGUCUCUCUCUACCAAACCCACUUUAAACCCUAAUAACAUUCCCUCUCCCUUAAACCCAAACUCUUUGUUAUUUUCAAGGAGAACUAAUUCCCUCCGCAGACACCGAAGCAACUCUCUCCGGUGUUCCGCCUCCUCUUUCUCCGAGAAGCACCAUUCGAAUCCUCCCAAGUCCAACGACGUCGUAGAGCUCCCCCUCUUCCCCCUACCGCUCGUGUUGUUUCCUGGCGCGAUUCUCCCCCUACAGAUCUUCGAGUUCCGGUAUCGGAUGAUGAUGCACACUCUCCUCCAGACCGAUCUUCGCUUCGGCGUCAUAUACUCCGACGCUGUUUCGGGCACCUCCGACGUCGGAUGCGUCGGAGAAGUGGUCAAGCACGAGCGCCUCGUUGAUGACCGGUUCUUCCUCAUCUGCAAAGGACAGGAGCGGUUCAGAGUGACCAACCUCGUCCGCACCAAGCCGUACCUCGUCGCCGAGGUGACGUGGCUGGAGGACCGGCCGUCCGGAGACGGGGAAGAGGAUCUAGAGGCGCUGGCGAACGAGGUCGAGGCGCACAUGAAGGACGUGAUUAGGCUUUCGAACCGGCUUGGCGGGAAGCCGGAGAAGGAGGCGCAAGACCUUCGGCGGAACCUGUUUCCGACCCCGUUUUCGUUCUUCGUCGGGAGCACCUUCGAGGGCGCCCCAAGGGAGCAGCAGGCCUUGCUUGAGUUGGAGGACACCGCGGCGAGGUUGAAGAGGGAGAAGGAGACAUUGAGGAACACGCUCAAUUACUUGACGGCGGCUUCUGCGGUUAAGGAUGUAUUUCCUUCUUCGUAAUCGGAGUUCAGAUUGUGGGAUCUUGAUGAUUUAUGGUUGACAACGGUUUUCAUAGUUGUUUGGUUCUGGCAAACUAAAAGCUCCAACGAACCCUUCAUGGUGCAUCCUAAUGGUCAAAAGGCAGGUUUGGAAUGAGUUACUGUUUCAGACAUCUUGGGUUUAAUUAUGUACCAAGAGUUUCUUGGAUUAUCUGAUACACAAUUCUGACGGUUGUGGUUGGAUGAAAUUUACUUCCCAGACAUGAGUCCGAAGGGCCUACCUUAGAGGCUCCACCUCAUAAUAAAAGUUCCAAUGUUGUUUUUCGUUUGUACAUCCCAUCGUCCUUAAGUAUUAUAACAAUAAUGAGCAUUGAUGUUUUUCAAUGUUUACGUUUGACAAUAACUUAUUUAAAGCAGUUAUGGUUAUCAAGAAUCUUAUUUUUAUAGUGCC